UAUAUACUGCCCCCUUUGUGCCACUAUUUGGUGCAGCUUCAAACCUUAGACAGUUCUAACGGGAUUGGUUGAUAUAGAAACGUUUUGGGGGGAAUACUUGAUCAAGAAGGGAAAAGAAGAGGUUUUGAAGAGACCCUUUUGGAUAUUUGACAGAUUUUCUCGAGAAACAAACAGGGUUUGAUAAGAGGAAAAAAAGAAGAAGAUCAAGAUGGGUAGUUGUGGAAGGAAUGGAGCUGUGAGACAGUAUAUAAGAUCCAAGGUGCCUCGUUUGAGAUGGACUCCUGAUCUUCAUCAAUGCUUUGUUCAUGCCAUUGAAAGGCUUGGGGGUCAGGAUAAAGCAACACCAAAGCUGGUUCUUCAGUUGAUGGAUGUGAGAGGACUCACCAUUUCACAUGUCAAAAGUCAUCUCCAGAUGUACAGAAGCAUGAGAAGUGACCACAGCAAACAAGGUAUCCAAAGUUUUGACAUCCCUAUAUCCGUUGACAUGCAUACAUAAUAUGAUUUUAAAUAGACAUAUCAGAAUAUAUAUCG